AUGCAUUUCUUCCUAGCGUUCCUAUACCCCAUCUUCUUCAUCUCCAUCUCCACGACACCAGCGCUCGCAGCGAGCAAGCCUCGCAAUGCCAUACUCCUCUCCGAGGUCGAGUCGCUGACCCUCCGUGGUGACCGCCAGACCACCCACCGCCGCGUCCCCGCCAUCCCCCAGCUCAAAUGCAUCUCCCACAAGUCCAUAUGUGCCAAGCACACCAUCGACCUGAUGCGCUGCGUCAACCAGGGCCAGGGCUACGACAAGGAGGACAUCCAGUGGUCCUGCACCGCCUCCCUGCCCCCGGAGCUCAAGCUCGGCAGCACCGACGUCAUCUGCGAGGGCUACAGCGGCCCCGACGACCCCUACGUGCUCAAGGGCAGCUGCGGCGUCGAGUACCGGCUGGUUCUCACGAACAAGGGCGAGGAGCGGUGGCCAGAGUUGGGUGGAGGACGCUUCGGUUCUGGCGAGACGGACUGGAGCGCAUACAUCUUCGGCGUCAUCUUCCUUGGUGUUCUGGGGUGGAUUCUCUACAGCGCCUGUGUACAGGCCAACAAUAACCGGCAGCCAGGCCAGAGGCGGCCACGAAAUCCCUGGGGUGGAGGUGGAGGCGGCGGAUGGGGAGGCGGCCCCGGUGGAGGAGGCGCGGCCAGCAAGGAUGGCAGCCCGGCUUCUGGAGCGGCCUAG